UCAUCACUGAGUAAACGCAAGCGGAUAAUACAUAUACAUAGAUAGGCUCGCAUUCGAUCGAGGUAGAAUUCCGGGAAACGGUGGCGACCAGUGUUGCCGCUACGAAGCCUGUCCUACAGAAAAGAUUGAAGUCGGAGACGGGAAAUAUUUCACGGAGCGAUGGGUAAGGACAUGGUGCCAUCUACCAAGGGCUCAAGGAAACCCACCACAAAACCCAGUAUUCUCGAUCGGCUCCUGACGCCCGUCAGGAAAGCAGCGAGACGUGCUAUCGAAGCUACGAUCGGAUCGAAAGAUGCGCAGACAGAUCCCGAAGUAGAUGCUCCGGGCUCUGCUCAAGACGAUCCCGAUGUGGAUGACGCCACUGAUCAUCAUCCGACCAGAUCGACGCAAACCUCCGUGAAUGCAAGGCCCGUCAAUCCUCCCCUCGACUUGCCACACGGUUCGCUAGCCUCGCCGGCGAUGCCAGUAUCGACGAAAUCGGUCGUGAGGCGACCAUCACCUGUGAUCGACCAGGGUGCCGUCAACGCUUCGUCCGCUACCACCUCCGUCCUGAUUCACCAAUCGGGUCGGACCGGUAGCUCCUCGAUGGAUUCUUUCUUGCAGUGGUUGCCUCCAGCCCGCCAACUCGUCUACGAGACCGAUACCCUUCUCUAUUGGUGUGCGGUGCUUGGCUAUGUUGUGACAGGAACUCUAUAUAAUGGAGGUUCAAUUGAUUUGAAUCAAAAAUCAAAGACCACUAGGAAGGAAUCUUUUCCCCUUUCCAGGAACUGCAGGAAGAGAUCUAAACAAAAGUCAACUAUCAUCACAGUUGACCACAACAAACCAGAUCUCGUUUUGACCUACAUGUCAUAUGGUCUGUACGACACUUGGAGGGUGUGCAUGGUCAUUGAAGCGAAACCUGCAAUAGAAUGGGGCACUGCUAUGGCUCAAAUCAUCGUGUAUAUGAUGAAAGCUUUCCUAAUGGACGGCUGUACCAUGGGUCUGGUGGUAGCGGGAACCGAAUAUCGCUUCCUCUUCUGGUCGGUCGACCCGAACGGUGUUCAGCGCCUGUACAUGGUCGUCCCAGAAAGAUAUAGUGUCUCCGGGAAGCGAAUUGGGAAGUCGAUCACGUUUCAAGCAGCCGUCGACAACUUGACAGACAGUGGGAUCGAGUGGUGCCUAUCGUCAUCCUCGGACCAGCUUGCUUCUCUUUCGAAGCGCAACCUAUUCCGGAUCUUCUCGCACCUCGAGCGACAAACGGCUGCAAUGGAUCAGCGACGAACGGCAGCACUCGACGGACAAACCGGUCUCGCCUUCGACGGUUGUCCACCGGAUCUCGAACAAGCGAAACGGAUCGAAAUCACGGGGAACCUGUGGGACCACAUGCCAGGAAGCGAUCUUCCGGCGACCAACGGACUGGGUGCUCCUCGGAACGUAGACGGCGGCGAUCCAAGCGACGCGGGCACAAACGGCGAGGCGGACCAGAUAGAUAACGAUGAUAAUCCUGAACAAGGAACGGAUGGGGCUAUCCAGAGCGACGACGGCCUGGACGAUAUGAAGGAAGAGACUCGACAGUUGAUGUUGAUGUUCGGGAGGUUCCAAACGAUGGGGCGAGUCAAACACCAGGUCGAUACUUGGCGCGCCAAAACGAACGAAUCAGCGUCACCUGCAGCGCCCGGCAUGGUCGCCUCGACAAGCGACUCUGCUACGAAAGAGAGCGCUAUCGGAUACGGCCAUCAGAACUAUACUGCUGAAGACUGGGAUUUCAUCUUCCAAGAAUAGCCUCAAGAGAAUUCUGCUACAAGCCACCGAUAUCAUAUCCCAUAGAUUCCGCGCAUCUCGCUGUCUAACACAUAUCAUGUCCGCAAGGUAUUACAUCUCGAAAUUCUGUCCGGCAGAGCAACAGGCACCGUCCUCGUCAUGAGACGACAUGGAGUCGAGCCAGAUUUCAUAACCUGAAUUCGGCGCCGAGCACUCAAGACCAUGUACACAACUGCAGCGCCUCGUCGGCCGGGGGGGAAGGGUUUAGGCGGGAUGGGGAUAGGAAAGGCUUAUCAAGGGACUGAUCAACUAAAAAUGAACGUCAUAUGUUAUACACCAUGUCUUGUACAUUCGGUU